GACCUGCUUGCCAGCUCCGGUCUGUGUGUCGCUGCAGUGGAUUAGCAUUUAUUUUUAAAGCGGUGCAUCCAGAGCGCCAAGCCCAGUGUGGAUGUGAGACCUCGGUGAAGAUGCAGCGUAUCUACAUGCACAGCAACGAGCACUUUGAAGUGUUCACCACUGUCCUUGCGCCACAAGGCACACGUCAAUACACAAAACAAGCUGAAAAGAUGGUGGUGGUACACAGCUACAGUCCUCACUGGCCAGAUGAGUUGGAGCUGGCUGCUGGUGACGUCAUGGUGGUUCUGUCCCAGCACGAGGAGGAGCGCUGGUUCGGACGUCUGCAGGAUGGCCAGCAGGGCUACUUUCCCGCCUCCUGUGUCAUGGAGCUGGGCCAGGAUAAAAGCAUCAGAAGGAGCUCAUCUCUGAGAACAUGGGAACAUGACGGGAGCGUACGUCGUAACAGUGCGAGUGGACACAUUCUGCAGGCGCUCAGGAGGGGGAGCCGAGGAGGCGGCGGCGCAGGGGAAGUGAGCCUAGAUGGCGGCCAGGAUGGCAGCGAGGCCCCCGCUGUUCCCCCGUCACAGAGGCCCCCGUACUCCCCGCAGCUUCAACACGCGAGCCCCCAUCCUCAGAUGCAGCGCUCCUCCCCGGGUCUGCUGCACAGGAUCUUGUCCAGGUGCCGCAGGAAGAGCGAAUGCCAGGGGGCCACCAAUGGGGCCUUUGAGGAGGACUAACUCAAGUAGGGGGCAGAGCAGGGGGGCCCAGUGGACGUCUUCUUUCAGCAUCCAGGUAUCGUGGCGUCCGCGUUUGUGUGACGUUACAAAGGGGGCGUGGCUUCAGAACCAGAAGUUGUUUUUCUGUCAUUUAAGCAAUCGCAAAUCUUUUGUUUCUCAAAUAGUGGUCACAAGCAGCAAUGGAGAUUUCUUUAUUAGUGUCGACACUCCGGUAUUUGUGUUAGAACGAUACCCCAUCCUGCAGCUAGGUGGCAGCACUGCCAAAUCUAAUCAACAUCUACCCAGUGAAAUUAGGAACACGUGUACUUACUUCUUCUACCCAGUAUAAGUUGUAAGUGCACAGAUACACAUUUUUAUUUACUUCUUCUACCCAAUCUAAGUAGUAAAUACACAGGAACAAAAUGUGCUCUUACCAAUUAAAUUAAAAAAAGAUCAUAUUAAUUCAAAAUGUGUGCAAAAAGUCUAACACAAUUGUUUAUAUUGCCAUAAUAUAUUUUGGAAUGACUGUUAAAAAAAGUCAUCAAAUACGAAACUUUAUGACAAAAGUCUUGACAGACUAACUCAAUGUGUAUGGAAAAAAUAAAAACAUCACUGAAAAAUAAAUACGAUUUUUCAAAUUAAAUUAUGCAAAUGUAAUUGAUUAUAAAUUCGAUACUAAAUGUUUAAAAAAAAGAUCAAUACAAUUUGUGAUUAUUUAAAAACGCAAAAUAUUUUUUUUCUAAAGAUUCCAUCACUUAUAAAUAAAUUAUAAAUAACAAUUGAAUACAAAAAAAAUAUAGUAAUUCUAACUUCUUUAAUAUCUGCCAUACCCACAAACACAUAUAUUUUUGGAAUUAAUUAAACCUUUUAAAUUAAAAAUAUAUCUAAAAUUCUAUAUUUAUAUAUCAUAAUUUAUAUUUAUUUUUAGAUAAAAAAAAAUACACCCAAUUAGCUACUUUUUUUUUCAAAACGUGAAGGAACAAUUUUGUUAUUUCUAUUCCUAAAGAGUCAAUUAUCAAUAUACAACAAUUGAAUAUACAUAAGGUCUAUUUAUUCUAACUUCAUGAAUUAUCUGGGGCAGAAAUGUACCAUAACCCAAACAAUUUUUUUUUCAAUUUACAACAAUUUAUUCAAUAAACAUGUAUACAAAUUGACCUAUAUAAUAUAUCAUCAUUGUCACCGACGUCCCACUGGGUGUGAAUUUUUCCUUGCCCUUAUGUGGGCCUACUGAGGAUGUCGUAGUGGUUUGUGCAGCCCUUUGAGACACUAAUGAUUUAGGGCUAUAUAAGUAAACAUUGAUUGAUUGAUUGCUAUGUAUCAUAAUUUAUGUGAAUAUGAGCAAAAAUGUAAACAUUUCAGAAUUUAGAGGCCAAUUUGGUGCUUAAUGCAUUUAUUAAUAAUUGUAAUGUGAGCUGUGUUCUUUUUUUUUUUUGGGGGGACUUUAUCAUGGGCCGGUAAAAAACUAACCCUGAGAUGCAUAUGUUCCCCAGACUUCACUUUGAACACCGUUAAUCAAAAACAGUUCAAAUUAACACACGGUGUAUAAUGAACGGCUUUGUUAUUGUCUGUGUCCCUAUCAAGCUUGUGUGACUCUGCAAUGUAAAUAUGUGAAAGUGAAACUUAUUUUUAUCAUUAAACAACCAGCAAUAAUAUCGCAUGACCCUUACUCUACUACCCUUUUCAACAAAGUAAUGAUUAUUAUCACCCUCCUUUUACUAUAUGCUGCAAACAGUCACCUUCAUUUAGCAUGCUGACUUCAUGAGCAUGGAUUCUCCCGCCAAAAAGUAUGCAGUGAGGGUGUGUGCAUGUGUGCGACGGUGGGGGUUCUUGCUGCCUGCCAGAUGACUGCUCUGUCAGCCUGAUAAUGGCCUGCCAUCUGCUGUCUAGUAUUCACAAAAGGCAAAGUGUGUGUGUGUGUGUGUGUGUGUGUGUGUGUGUGUGUGUGUGUGUGUGUGUGUGUGUGUGUGUGUGUGUGUGUGUGCUUGCGCACAGAUAGGCAGGUGGGUGUGUUCAAUCACAAAUGGGUGCACACAAGUGCUGCAGGAUGUAAGUACAACAUUUAGGAUGCAAAUAUUGACUUUCAUCAAAGCACAUGACAGAAUAAAAGCUGCACAAAAAAUGUGUUCAAUUAUACUAAUAUUUUGUAUUCAUCAACUAUAAUAAUAUGUAUAUGUUGAGCAAAAAUAUGUGAAUUGUUUGUCAUAAUUUUAUUAUAGUUGUAUUUAAUUCUGUUUUGCUGUAUAUUUUUAGAUCAUGUAAUGCUGUUAUAAAGAUAACUAAUAAAGUAGUGUUUAUAUGU